GGCCGCCAGCCGCCGCCUGUCAUGUCGCCCGCGCCGCUCGUCGCUCCGCUUGUGGCGCUGCUCGCCGUCGCGUGCGCGCGCGCAGAAAUGCACAGAGAUAUUAUGGCAAGUCGGGAUUUCGUUCGCGCCGAACGUAGUAUCAAAACACACGAGCCUCUUCAGCUGCCCCACGGUUGCAUGUAUGAGGGGCGAUGGUUUACUGAAGGCACGGUGGUGAUGACCCGCGAGGCGUGCCUGCGAUGCGUGUGUGCCCGUGGGGCGCUGGCGUGUCGCCGCCGGGCGUGCGCCCCGCUUCCUGACCCACCACCUCACCGUUGCCAUGUGCUACAUCGCAAGGGAUCCUGCUGUCCAGAACUGCAUUGUCCUGACGGAGUUACAUUAAUGGAACACGGAGCGUCAGCAAGAUUUGAAACUGAAGAUUUCGCUGACAUAGCCACACCAGCCACUGUCGUCCACGUAUUUCCAGCGUGCGUGGAAGGCGGCACGGUGUACUCGGCUGGAUCAGCGAUGAGUUCUAACACGGCCUGUGAGCAGUGUUUCUGCCUGGGUGGCGCUCGACGGUGCGUGCGACCACGCUGUCUGCCACCACCUCCUGGGUGUAGAGCUCGCCCUGCUCCAGGUGCCUGCUGUCCACAGAGAUACUACUGCGAACACGUUACUACUAAACCUCCUGAUCAGAUGAAUAUACAUGAUUGUAAGGUAGCAGGAGAAUGGUAUUCCGAAGGGGAGAGAGCAAUUUUAGCUGAAUCUAAAGGCAACUGCACUCAAUGCUUCUGUCUUCGUGGCUCGAUUCGCUGUCAGCCUCUCGCUUGUGCGCCACCUCUGCUCGGUUGCAAGCCAUUGUUGCGGCCAGGCCAGUGCUGCCCACAUCAGUACCGCUGUGAUCAUAAACAUCAUGAGCUCGUUACACCUUACGUAUCGAUGUUGUUGGAUAAUAGCUUAAUAUCAACUAGAUACAAUGACCGUUCAUUCCACAAUAAAGUGAUUAACCAAGAAACUACAACAAGAACUAUAUCAACUACCACAAGUGAUGCCAAAACUCCUGCUCUGCCUAUUUCACAUUCAAAUAUUACUACCACGUCUAAAGUGAAAAGAAAGACUAAUGAUCCACCGCUGGAAAAAUUACAAAAAAUUGUUGAAAAUACAUCAACUCCAACUACACAAACGCCAACUACAGAAACAGAAAUUCAAAGAGAGAACACUAUCACAACUGAGCAAUCAGCUGAAAAGAUUUCAACAGAGCAACCUCAGGGAACCAUUAAAAUCACGAUCAAUGGAACAAUAAAUUGUACUGCUGAAUUAUCGUCGACGUCUCUUCCCUUGAAUAUUACAUUAAAUGAUACGAAUAGAAUAGAAAUUGAAUCUCAACCUCGAAUACCAAUUCUCAAUAAAAUUGAUAUCGAAGCCCAAACUUUCUCUCCUAACGAUAUUAUUACUGAUAGAAACGUUAAUGGAGGUUUUGACGAGAAUGAAACAUUUGUCAUUAAUGUAACUAGUUCUCUGAUGACAAACAUGAGUCGCUCUACACCAAAACCUUCUAUGGUCGCUUUUACGAAGACAGUGGAAACUACAGACGCAACUGAUGUAGUAAACAGUUCUAAAAAGAUUAAAGGCGAAUAUGAUUACGAUUACACGGAACCAACUUUACCACCUUCGUUGCCUAAUUUGAAGAUCAUUCCAUUUGUGGCAGCCGAUGCUGUAGUCGAUGAGGACAUAUCACCGAAAGAGCCUUUAACAUAUCCUAUGCUAGAGAGAGAAGACAAAUAUCCUAUUUAUUAUCCCAAAGUUGAAUCUAAAGAAACCGUGUAUGCGAAUAGACGAGAAGAUACGUACCAACCAACAAAAUAUCCAAUAUUUGUGUCUGAAAAAGUAAAACCACAGUAUCCACCAUUGUCUCAUGACACAGACAUACCGAAUACCGCAUAUUCUAGUUUAUACAAUGAUUUAGGUACCACACAUAAUUACCCAGUUUCGAUAUCGUUAGGAAAUACUAAAGUUGAUGUUAAUAAACCUGUUGUUAAAACGCCAAGCACAAGUUCCACUGUUGAGGUUCGAACACCAGUUGAAAAUUUAUUCUCGCCGCCAGUAGAAACUGAAGGUGGUUUUAUACCAAAAGGGCCCGGUAUUAUUGACGAAUAUUACGCUGUCUACCCUAGUACUCCAUCUGGACCGGCAGUGCCACAUCUCACAACGUCUAUGCAAAUAGAUAUUACAAGAGGUGAAUGCAUAUCCGGAGAUGGACGACAUAUACGAGAAGGAGACUCCAUUUCAAUUGCAUGUUCCAUAUGCACCUGCGCUUGGGGAGAGCUGCAUUGUUCCCCGCGACCGUGUCUUACUCCUGCAGGCUGUAAAAGAAAACCCGCUACCACAAAUAACGCAGACUUGUGUUGUGGCGAUUUGAUUUGUGAUAAAGACAACAACAGUACAGCGAUACCUGCAAUUAAUAUACUAAUAAACGAGAAUGCAACGGAAAAAAAUAGUAUUGUUAAUAAUAAUACGUCGCAUCAUAAUAAAAUAGAAACAAAUAGCAUAUCAUCAAACCACAAUACACAUAUAUCUGAUAAUACUACCACCACAUUCGAAAUAGAAACGACAACUGUAGAUACUGCUGAUAAAAUUUCAACAGACCAAACUACAAAACUUGAACUAACAACUGUCGCUUCAUCGCCUUCAGUUUCGUUAGAUAAAUUAUCAACUGUUUCAUCAAUCACAAAAACUCCAGUAACGAAUGUAACACAAAAAGAAUAUAAUGACACUAAAACCAAUUCACAAGAAUACGAAGACGAGGAGGAAGAUGACGAAGGAUUUUCCUUUGGUAGUGUUCUGAAACUAUUGCUCAGUGAUAGUUACGAAACAACUACCGUUUCACAAAAUAAAAAGAAGCCAGUUAGCGUACAAACUAGUAUGUAUACUACGCCAAAAAUAUCUACGACAACUCCGUUGCCAAUGACUACCAAGAGAGCAUCUCCUAAACCGGCGUUAGCUCCAUUUAUCCCAAUGCCACCACAUCAUAUUCCAUAUAUACCACCAAAGAAAUCAUUUCCACAAAACACAGUUAAUCGGAUUGAUCAUUUAGUUCUUGGAGAGGCGACAGCGAUUAAGAGGACUACACCUCGCCCUGUCCCAGUCUCGUUUCAGCCAACAGUGAAUUCUCUGAAACCUGUAACCAGAAGAACGACUACAUUUAGACCGUUAAUGACUACAAGAUUUAUAGAAACCACUACACGUAAAAAAGACGAGCCUUCCGUUCAGUACAAACCAGAGUCUGCGGAAAUUUCUAGACCGCCUGCUUCCAACCUUCUGCCAGAAGUGGGACCUGGUUUAAAAUUGGCCGGUUGCAAUAUUUAUGGCAGAAUGUACCGCGUGGGGAGGAUAAUAGCUGAGUUGUCGACGCCAUGCCAAGAAUGUUGGUGUACAGAAUUAGGCGUUCAGUGUAAGCCCCUCAGCUGCUGAAAGGAAAGAGUUUUGGCUACAUUAAUAAAGUUUUAAUAGUUUAAUUAUUGUUUUGCCUGUUAAUAUCACAACAAACAUGUUUCCAGUCCAUGUAACCGUAAUGAUAGCUGUUGUAUAUUGAUGUUCACUCAUUUGAUGUAUGUAAUAUUAAAAAUGCAUUUAUUGUACAGUUUAAGCGUUAAGUGAGUGAGUGUGUAUUGUAGUAUAAUAUAAGAUGUGUUGAAUGUGAAAUGGAAUAACGUUGAUAUUUAUUUGAAGGGACAAUAUAAAUCCAUGAUAAUGAUCUCAAACGGAGAUAGUACCAUAGUGCUGAUAACGUAUUUACUUAUUUUAAAAUAUGACCGCUUAAUUUUUGUUAUAAAUAACAUGAAUUAAAUUUCAACGUGCUAUAGAAUCAUCUGGUUGCUUCGUAGACAAAGAUUAGAACCUACGGUCCCGCUUGCCUCAACUUCAAGUCUAUC